AUGAAUUCGUGUCAAUCGAUCCGGGACGACCUCGCCUCCUGUCUCCUCGCCUCCCCUUGCGUGCAAGAGCAAGGAAAGUCCGCCCAGGAUUGUCUACGCAACGAGAAGGAGUCGCUACCGCUAGAAUGUCAGAACAUCUACAAGAGCUAUGUCGCUUGUAAGAGGGGAAUGCUCGACAUGAGGAAAAGAUUCCGGGGAAACGCACCCGCAGCGACGAAGCGGACGAAUGCUCCAGGCGGAACAUCACAGGUGGACAGCGCUGCAGUGGAUACGGCCUAG